AUGUCUCAAGUUUACCGCUCGACUCGCUCGUCGUCGGAGGACACUAAAUCGUUCGAAGAGGCUGUGAUCCAAGGCCUCGCCGAGGACGGCGGGCUGUUCUUGCCUGCUGUGAUCCCCAGACUCAGGGAGGAGACGCUGUUCGAGCACUGGGCGCACCUGUCGUUCCAGGACUUGGCGAUGGAGAUCAUGAAGUUCUACAUUGCGGACUGGGAGAUCCCUGCGCCAGAGCUGCGGGAGCUGAUCGAGCGGUCGUACAGCUCGUUCCGGUCGGAGGAGGUGACGCCGCUGCGCAAGAACGUGACGGGCGACGACGAGAACCUGCACAUUCUGGAGCUGUUCCACGGGCCCACCUACGCGUUCAAGGACGUGGCGCUGCAGUUCGUGGGUAACCUGUUCGAGUACUUCCUGGAGCGUAAGAACCGGGACGUGUCUGAGGAAGAGCGCACGCACCUGACUGUUGUGGGCGCCACGUCCGGGGACACCGGGUCUGCGGCGAUCUACGGGCUUCGCGGCAAGCAGGACGUGUCUGUCUUCAUCCUGUACCCUCAUGGGCGCAUCUCUCCGAUCCAGGAAGAGCAGAUGACCACUGUGGAGGACGAGAACGUGCACACUAUGGCGAUCGAGGGCUCCUUCGACAACUGCCAGGACAUCGUGAAGUCUAUCUUCGUGGACGAGGAGUUCAACCGGAAGCACAACAUCGCUGCCGUCAACUCCAUCAACUGGGCGCGCAUCCUAGCCCAGAUCACCUACUACUUCUACUCUUACUUCAGAGCGACCGACGGCCAGCCGGGGCGUGUGAAGUUCAUCGUGCCAUCUGGUAACUUCGGCGACAUCCUAGCCGGCUUCUACGCCAAGCAGAUGGGGCUUCCAAUUGAGAAGCUGGUCAUUGCCACCAACGAAAACGACAUCCUCGACAGAUUCUUGAGAGAGGGUGUGUACGAGAGAUCCGAGGACGUCACAGCCACGCACUCUCCAGCCAUGGAUAUCUUGGUCUCUUCCAACUUCGAGAGACUGCUAUGGUUCUUUGCCCGCGAGCAGCUUGCUCAGGGUGACGACCAAGAGGCUGGUUCAAUUGUCAACAGAUGGUUUGAGCAGUUGAGAGAGGAGCGCCGCUUUGACGUGCCAGAGCACCUCCUAGACGCUAUCAGAUACCACUUCGACUCUGAGCGUGUUGACAACUACAACACUCUCGCCAGUAUCAGACACAUCUACGAGCACGCUCAGAACCCUGAGAGAUACGUCAUUGACCCACACACGGCUGUCGGUAUCUGUGCGGCGAACAGACAGAUCGCUCAUGACCAAAACAACGAAAUCCACUACAUUUCGCUUGCCACUGCUCACCCAGCGAAGUUUGCGGACGCUGUGAACGAAGCUCUCUCCUCUUACGAUGACUACAACUUCGAUGACGUUCUUCCAGACCGUCUAAGACGUCUAGGUGACCUUGAGAAGAGAAUUAAGUACGUGGACAACACCGACGUUGAUGUUAUCAAAUCUAUCAUUGAGGAGGAACUGAUUAACAUGGGCAUUUACAAUCCAUAG